UAAAGGUGAGGAUGACUCAUCAAUCAAACAUGGCCAAUCUUUUAGCAUCUACUUUUAUGACCUAUCACAGUCCCAUAACCAUGAUUCAAGCCUUCAACAACAAUUCCUUCCUAUUCGUGAAAAAAAAUAGUUAUAAGAAGAAGAAUCCACGGUAUAAUAAGCAUCAAUCCGAGUGUUUGCUUUUCACAUACCUAAAGACGCCGCAUUUGCCCAAACCCAAAAUUAGCUGCAGCAAUCUCCCAAGGAAACGAAGAAGAGGACCCAUUUCAAUUCGAUCUACUAAACCCACAGAAAUGGUGAUUGCCAAUGAGAACAAGCCGAAUGAUUCAUUGAAGCAAGGGAUAGCAGAUUUCUAUGACGAGUCUUCUGGAAUAUGGGAAGACAUGUGGGGAGAGCAUAUGCACCAUGGAUUCUAUGAAGGAAGUAAUGGAGAUACUUCUGAUGCAUAUCACCGUUCAGCUCAGAUCCGUAUGAUUGAAGAAACUCUCCUUUUUGCUGGAAUUUCUGAUGACAGUGCAAAUAAGCCCAAAAGAAUUGUGGAUGUUGGAUGUGGGAUAGGAGGCAGUUCUAGGUACCUGGCAAGGAAGUAUGGAGCUCAGUGUCAAGGAAUCACUCUCAGUCCUGUCCAAGCUAAAAGGGCUCAAGAACUUGCUGUGGCCAAAGGCUUGGACCAGCAGGUGACAUUUCAAGUUGCAGAUGCUUUAGAACAGCCAUUUCCGAAUGGAGAAUUUGAUCUAGUGUGGUCCAUGGAAAGUGGAGAACACAUGCCUGACAAGCAAAAGUUUGUAAAUGAGCUAGCUCGUGUAACAGCUCCAGGAGGGAAAAUCAUAAUAGUGACCUGGUGCCACAGAGAUCUCUCACCAGGUGAAGAAACAUUGCUCAAGGAUGAACAAGUAUUACUAAAGAAGAUAUGUAAUUCUUAUUAUCUUCCUGACUGGUGUUCAUCCGCGGAUUAUGUGAAAUUACUUGACUCCCUCAAUCUCCAGGACAUUAAAGUGGCAGACUGGACUGAUAAUGUUGCCCCUUUCUGGCCUGCUGUUAUAAAAUCAGCCCUCAGUUGGAAGGGUUUUAUCUCAUUGUUCAAGAGUGGUUGGAAAACCAUUAAAGGGGCAUUAGUUAUGCCAUUGAUGAUACAAGGAUACAACAAGGGUUUAAUCAAAUUUGCCAUUAUUACUUGCCGUAAACCUUAGUCAAAGGUACAAGAAGAAGAAGAAGCGGAAUUCAUUGAGAAACUGGAUAAUGAUGUUUGAAUUUUUAAUUUGGCGGCUUACAUUGAGCAUGCUUGAAUAAUAAUGUCUGUAAUGAAUUUUUAAUUUUGAUGAUGGUUGUUUUCAUGCAGUAAUCUCAUUUGAAUAAUAAUGGAUUAUUAUCUUUGUUUCAAA